AUGUCUGUGGAAACUUCUUCAAAUCACAACAGCACGUCUCUAGGUCUUGACAUAGCGACUUUUCCCUUACAAGGAAGAAAAGGUCUAAUCUCCAAUGCCGAUAGAGAUAUUUACUUCGCCUUAAACUUCGUGGUCAUUUGUGGAGCCAUCUCCGUGUUUGGGGUGACGGCUAAUGUGAUCAACAUUGUCAACUUCUGGCGUCAGGGUUUCGCCGACUCAGUGAAUCUCAGCCUGGUGGGACUCUCACUGUCUGACCUGGGCUGUCUCCUCACUCUCAUCUACAACAACAGCCUCAUGAGCCCUUGGCUGGCCUUCUCUGACGUCAGUCCGUUCUUUCCUUUUGAGGUGCAGUACCUAACCGGCGGCUGGCCCCACGUAUGGUUCACGAGGGUUACCAGCUGGAUCACGGCCUACAUCGCCCUCGAGAGAUGUCUGUGUAUUGCCCUCCCUCUUAAAGUCAAACAACUCCUCACCCCUUUUCGAUCACGCGUCAUCAUCCUCUCUAUCUUCCUUCUCACCGCGGCUUCUAUCGCGCCCGUGUACUACACAACUCGACUGGCUUGGAGGUUUUCUGAAAAGCGAAACAAAAGCCUCCUCGGCCUCGCUUUCACAUCGGACAGAGAGGAAAUUGAUGACGUCAUUUUGGCAAUUAAUAACGUCUUCUCCCCCGUGGCUUCGUUUUUUACUGUCAUUGGGUGCACUGUUAUCUUGGUUGUGAAGCUCAACAGCAAGGCAAAAUGGAGGGAAAGCGCAGUUUCUUCUAUGGAGGCAGUUAAGUCUGGGAGGGAUAACCGAGUCGUCAAAAUGGUUGUCACAAUUUCUGUGAUUUUCAUCGUCAGCUACACCCCAACAACAGUCAUCUUCCUCACUGUUAUCAUGGUACCAGAGCUCAGCAUCACAGGCCGGUAUCAGAAUCUCUUCAACGUCCUUUUCUCUUUCUCGUUCAUCUUUGAGGCCAUCAACUCCUCUAUCAACAUUUUCGUGUACAUUAGGAUGAGCUCAAAGUACAGACAGACAUUCAACAUGAUGUGCUGGUGUCGCUCCAGCCAGUGA